AUGGAUCCUGUCCCGUUUUCGUUCACCGGUACUAGGGAAUCGACAUCAAUGGCUGCUUUCCUGGUGGACUUCCAAAUUAACCAUCUGAAAGAAACCGAGGGAUUGCGAAACAAUAUAGAAGAUAUGAUGCGGCAAGCGUAUAGCAAUAGUGAAAGAUUCCAGAGGAAUUCAGAUGGUUACCAACGUAACGGAUAUGGUGACCGUGGUGGAUUUGACCGACGUGGUGGACGCCGUGGACGUGGUCGAGGUGGUAAUUAUCGCAAUGUUGGUGCGCAGAAUGGAGGGUCAACCAAUGGAGGUUCGAGUACGGGAGCAAGACCUUGGAGAGGUGAUAGCAAUCGAUACAGUGACGAAGAUUGGUCAGGAGCAGAAGAAGCGAAACAUAGAGAAGAACAUGGGGACGAGCAAGAACAGCGUCGUCAGGGCCGACAACGUGGAGGAAGUGCUGGUGAACGAGGAAAUAAUGCUGGGCGAAGACGUGGUUAG